AUGGAUGAGGUAGAAGCAGCACUGAUGGUAGAAGAAGAUGAAGAGUAUGACUGGUGGGAUGCGAAUUGCUCGAUUAUCUAUCCAGAACUUAGUCGAUUAAUCUUAGUUGGUGUUGUUGGAGCUGUGAUUGCCUUCACAUCCGUCUGUUUCAACACUUUUCUCUUUUGUGUCCUUUUUCGGAAUAAGAGACAUCGCUCAUCGCAUGUUCUUUACCUCAUUUUCCUGGCCAUGGCCGAUGUUUUUCUCUCAGCUUCAUAUAUCCUGCUAUUUCCUAUUAACCUCUAUAUGGAUUACUUCGAAUCGGAUAUCCUGGCUUCAGCCUGGUGGACUUACAUGAGGAUGACCAUAACAGUGUCUCAUGUAUUCAUUAGUACUUCUGCUUUUCUCAUCGUCGCAGCAGCAUUUGAACGGUAUGUAACAAUCGCCAAACUGCGUAAUCAAUUCGCACGAAGACAUCGCUGCAUUAUUUCAUUAAUGGCUGUUUUUUUUGCAUUUUUAGCAAAAUCUCCAAUGUAUUUUGAAGUUCAAGUUAUCCCGAAUGGCAACUGCACAGGCGUGACGUCAUGGACUGCAACUGUUGCUGAAUUCAGUGAAAUGGAGCCGUAUAAAACCUUUUACAAAUACUGGUUCCGCAAUAUUUUUACCAUAUUUAUACCAUUCGCUAUGUGUUUUUAUUUGAAUUUUGAAAUUAUUCGCAGACUACGAGAACAGCAUCAGGGGGCUAAGCUUUUCCGUUUUGCAACAUCGGAACAUCGACAAAACAUCCGGUCAGCCACUCUGAUGCUUGUCUUCGUAACCUGCACAUACUUGGCGUCUAACCUAUUGAAUGUGAUCGUCUACACUUGGGAGCUGAUUGAUAAGCCUUCACUGAUGUCUGAACAGCUCCGUCCCUUCUAUACAUUGUCCUCUGAUCUCGUUUCUCUAUUCACCGUGUUAGCCAGUUGUACUCGACUUCCUAUCUAUAUAGCUUGCAACUCGCGAAUACGUUGUGAAGUAUUUGAUGCAUUGGAGAAUAUUCGAACAAUUCGACUAAAAGUAACAGGAUCGAAGUCAUCCACACCAACGAAAGCCAAACGACUACGGCCAAUGACGACAAUCCGCUAUUGUGAUACCGGAAACGGUUUCAUGAUUUAUGAGACAAAUGAUCAACUCGAACAAUCUUUGUUGACGACCAAGAAAGGAGAAGCUCGCGUACGUAGUGUAGGCACUGGCUUGGAUAAGAUUGUUCUAUCGGUUGCGAUGGGAGGCAUUCGACAUAAAUUUCCAUCAACGCCUGUCAUAGAUGCAGCUGAUGAUUGA